GUGUUCAUCUCGGCUACGAGAUACAGUGAUUGACCGAUGGGGAUUAACUGAACGAUAUCUCUGCUUCCUUAUUGUGCAUAGAAGUACAAAACUUUGUGUGCUCUGCAAUUUUCUCCCUUUCCAAACCUACGACAGUCGAACCCAUGAUCUCGGCCACAGUUGCACGAUGAAGUGGCCACUGUGCUACUGCAGCCACUGUCAACUCGCGUAAGGCUCUACUGAGCAGUAGCACAAUGCAAAACACUAUAUUCGAAAUUAAGGCAGUAGGAAACUCGCGACCUUCUUUUUGUUUUUUGUUUUUUUAAAUGGCGUGACCAUUCCCGCCCAUUCUUUCAUUUCCGGAGGCUCCGCGCUUGCUGGACUUCACGAAGAAAGCUACCGAAGCUUCACGAGAGGUGAAGCGUCGAAGUGCCCUCUUGCAGUCGAGGCUUUCGAAAACGCGUGUUUCAUUGAACUGGUCAGAGCCGUCACGCAUACUUCUUUAAAGCAUUUAAAGGGCCAGAAAAGAGAGUUUUUAUGAUUUUGGUGUCUGAUGACGUAAUAAGACGUCACUGUUUACCCAUGCUACAUUGCAGUUUUUAACAUGUCGUCCGCCAUGUUUUGAGGCAUCUACAAUCGGUCCCUCAAAUCCACUCCAUCCAGCGUGAAUGAAGUGGUUUGAGCAACAGGACCAGCAGCAAUGCUCGCCAACGGCCAAGAAAUGAACCCCGUGUCUAAUGUGAGGCAUGGGGCUACUCGAUCGCAGGACGAUGCAAUGGUCGGAUACUUCUUCCAGCGCCCACAAAGUGACCCGGAUUUCCAAAACUACAACAAGCAAUCCCGCUGGGCAUUAGGCGACGACAGCGUACUCGAAGCCCGUGGCACAGAAGCACCAGAACUGGAGACAGACUUUCAGGCCUUGGCCUUAGAAACUAGUCAUCAACUAGAGAUCCCCGCAUCGACCAAGAAGCUGUGGUCGCUGGAGGAGACGGGCCCCAAGCCCGAGGACAGCAAGGGCCUCUUCCUGGGAGACCAGUGGAGGGACCCCACAUGGAGCACUGGCGGCCAUGCCAGCACCUCUGAGCAUGCCGUGUCACAGCCGAUCAUGGUUCAGCGACGAAGUGGUUCCUACCCUGGCAGCGAGGGUGCCUCCAUGUUGUCGCCACGCUCCUCUGAGACCUCGGGCCUGGGUGUCAAGAUGGUUGAGUACGUGCUGGGGAGCUCGCCCACCAUCAAGGAUCUCGACUCACGCAUGGUUGGCCGCAUGCAUGUUGGACCCCCGACCAACGAUCCAGAAAAAGUGAAGAAGGGAAAAGAGGGCAAGCUCAAAGAUUCAGACGGACGAACUGCGGUGAUGCAAGCCAACGGGAUCAUGCACAACGGUAUUGAUGACGACAAGGUCUACAACCCUGUGGGUUACAGAGGCGGAGGUAGCAGCCGGCAAGCUUCCCCCAGUGAGGACAAGGGUGACAAGCUGUCCAAGGCACCUUUGGAGGCCCUGGUCAUGGGUCCUGGUGGUGGAGGGCCACAGCUGGAGCCGCACUUUGAGCACCAUCCAAUGGACCCAUUGGGCCCGUUCGACUACCCACCGCACGGACUGCUGCCUACCUCCAUGGAGUCACCAGGAAUGCUUGAUUACGCAUCACAGUUGUACCAGCAACACCAGCAGCAACAGCAACACCAGACACAGCACCAGCAGCAGCAACAGCAGCAGCAGCAGCAACAUACCCAGAGAAGUCAACACGGAGGCCCCAUGGCGUUAGUACCAGGUGCCCAGUACUCCUUAGGCCAAGGGCAGCAGCAAGGUGGUGCGCUAGGUGUUCCACCUCCUACGGCACCCACUCCUUCACCCUUUGCGCCCCCCUCCACACCAUACCUGCUCAACCAGGACCCCUACGGAGCACCACCCCAUCCUCUGGGCAUCGUCACAGGCCCAGCCAUGAUGCCGCAGUACUAUGGCAUGCCUCCGUGGGGCAUGUUCCCAACGCCAGCAGCUGCAGGUCUCCUGCAGGGACAGGGGGGCCAAGGUGGGCCACCCCAGCAGGUUCCACAGCAGGUGCAGCAGCAGAUGCAGCAGCAGAUGCAACAGCAGGUGCAGCAGCAGAUGCUCCGAGGCAAUGGGGCACGACCCAUGACACCACAGGGCAGUGGAGAGCCUCUGUCUCAAGCACCCCCAGGAGGUGGCCAGUAUCAGAUGCUGGCACCUCCCUACUACGACCAGAACGGAUCACUAAUGAUGGGUAACACACGAGCAGUCCGCCUUAUGCCACCGGUGCUGGUAAAUCCGGCUGCACCAGGAACCAGCGCUCCCAGCCAACCUGGGUCCUUGAAUGGUGGCAGCCUACGUCUGCUAGGCUCCGGCAGUGCAGGAGCAACAGCUGGCAGUGGCCCCCCACAAGGUCCCCAGGGAUCGGGUCUCUUCUCUGCAGCAACUGGGGGAUCUAGCCACCCAUUUGGGGCUGCUGGGUCAGGUGGUUACAACCCGAGUGCUGGUGCAUCUGCCUUCUCCGGCGGAUUUGCAUCUGGUCUGGGGGUCGGCUAUGGAGGAUCCUCAUCUCUCGGACCCAUUGGAACAUCACCUGCUGGCCCCGUGGGCAUCGGUCUAGGUGGGAGCACCGAAUCCCCUCGGCGGGACUCGCUGGAACGACGUGAUGGUGGGGCAAACAUGUUGGGAGGCAGUCGGGGCCCCUUUGCUGCCACCCUCGAGUCUGCCUACUCGGCGGCAGCAGCAGGGGGGCCCCUGGGUGCCAAGGGAAGCCAGUUCUAUGGGGCCCUCGGCACAGUGGCGGCCUCUCCAGGCCCAGUGGGCAUGCUGCCCCAGAGCCUGACACCUCCACCACCCUCCCUCAAUGGAUCCUCUUCCAACCUCAGCUUAGGAACAUUUGGGAGCCGGAUGAUGUCGGCUGCACCUGGGGCUGAGGCCAAGUACCUGGUGCGAAAUGGGCCACUCAGCAGCGUCCUGGGUUCUUCCAAUGCACUGGUGCCCGGCCGCACGCUCCAGAGGAACUCGAGCCUGGAGAAGCCCCCUGGCCGCAGCCGCCUCUUAGAAGACUUCCGAAAUAACCGCUACCCCAACCUUCAACUCAGAGACCUGGCCAAUCACAUAGUCGAGUUCUCCCAAGAUCAACAUGGCUCCAGGUUCAUUCAGCAAAAGCUUGAAAGAGCGACACUGGCAGAGAAGCAGCUGGUGUUCUCGGAAAUACUAGGAGCUGCGUACAACCUGAUGACGGACGUCUUUGGCAACUACGUGAUACAAAAGUUUUUUGAGUUUGGCAGCACAGAGCAGAAGCAGGCUCUAGCGCUAAAGGUCAAGGGGCAUGUGCUGCCCCUGGCCUUGCAGAUGUACGGCUGCCGUGUCAUUCAGAAGGCCCUCGAGUCCAUCUCACCCGAUCAGCAGAAAGAGGUCGUGAAAGAGCUGGAUGGCCAUGUGCUGAAAUGUGUAAAAGACCAGAAUGGCAACCAUGUUGUACAGAAGUGUAUAGAGUGUGUGGAUCCCUCAGCACUACAAUUUAUCAUCAACGCCUUUCAAGGACAGGUGUUCGGUCUGUCGACGCACCCAUACGGAUGCCGGGUGAUCCAGCGCAUACUGGAGCACUGCACGGGUGAGCAGACAGGCCCUGUGCUGGAGGAGCUCCACCAGCACACGGAGCAGCUGGUGCAGGACCAGUAUGGCAACUACGUGGUACAGCACGUACUGGAGCACGGCCGGCCUGAGGACAAGGGUCGCAUCGUGGCCGCCGUCCGGGGCAGAGUGCUGCCCCUCUCCCAGCACAAGUUUGCCAGCAACGUGGUCGAGAAGUGCGUCACACAUGCCUCGCGCUCAGAGCGUGCCCUCCUGAUUGAGGAGGUGUGCGCCUACGUUGAUGGGCCUCACAGUGCCUUAUACACAAUGAUGAAGGACCAGUAUGCCAACUACGUGGUGCAGAAGAUGAUAGAGGUGGCCGAGCCACCUCAGCGCAAGCUGCUGCUACACAAGAUCCGUCCGCAUGUGCCCUCGCUGCGCAAGUACACCUACGGCAAGCACAUCCUGGCCAAGCUCGAGAAGCACCUGCUCAAGAGCGGUGACCAGAUCCUCUCUUCAGGAGGCGGUCAGAGCGGCACUUCGAACGGGGCCCUCUGAGGCACCUGCUCAUCCCCUCUCUCCUCCUCUGCGUGGCCACCAAACGUGACAUCGGGGUGCUGUGUGUGACGGCAGGCCUAGCUCCUUGCCCGUCAUGCACCAUGAAAGAAACGGGGCAGGGCGCGGGCAUUCGUGCGUCUGGUUUGCGCAGUCGCCGCGCAGCUGUUCUCCUUUGUGUGGCGCUCUCUCUCUCUCUCUCCAUCUCUUCUGUUAAGUGGUGCAGCCUUUUCAUUGAGACACAAGUGAUAUUGGGAGCUCCUGUGCACCUCUGGCUUUUGCUGCCUGGAUCUUAAGCCCCAAGGGCUCCCUGUUGUAGCUUGGUGGCGCUUUUGCCUGACCUUUCUACACUUCAGCGCGCUGUGUCUUUGAAAAGUACCACCGCAUCUUUAGCCCUCAUCUCAUACCUCUCUUACACGCUCUGCUUUCUCCUAUUGGCCUUUUCUCUUUAAAUGCUAAUUUCCUACACACAUGCUCUGUCUCGGAAACCUGCGAGCACUUUAUGGGAACGCUGCUUCCUACAUUUCAUUUUCUCUCUACAAUCGUUGAGCAUGAAGUAAGCUGUCAGGUGCAGCACAUGGCGUAAGUGCCGACAUCUCUUUCUAUCAGAAUGCCCUUUGUCACUGUUAUAUCACCUUUCCUUCUCACCUUGACUAGUUCUCAUGCUGUAAAUUAUGUUAGCCUAGCUUUCUUCAUUCGUCCCCCGCCCCCCCCCUUUCUGUCUUUUUGCUGAGGCUGUUGGAGAAACAUUUGUGCAAUUUUCCAUCUCCGGCUUCUCCCAAGACUUUAGUUCGCACAAGGGAUCGUCAGUUGCAUUGAAAGAAGCAUGUUGUACAACUGAUAACUCCCUCUCUUUUCUGUGUACAGUGUUGAGGUGCUUGUUUGCCUGCUUUGCCUUAUGACUCGUUCUGGGUUUCCUGCAGACUGCGCAUGAAAUUUGCUUCUUACUAUGGAGCCAGAAAGUUGCUCUUCCUGAGCUGACAUUCUUGGGUAAGGGAACGUCCUCUGUUGGGAACAGCAUCUCCUGUGCAGUUCUGCUUUCUCAUUUCCCUCUGUUGUUUUGUACAGCAUCUUGUCAGCAGUUUGUACAGAGACACUGUCGACCAUCAUCCCAUACUUUCUCAUUUUUCACAUUUCCCCAUCCUCUCUCCUUAACCACUUUCUUUUUCCAUCUUUCUUCAACUUCUCAAAGCUUGUCAUGACAAGGCAGUACUCUGUUUUAAAGACUUCUUUGUUAUUCCUUUUCCUAUUUUCUCUAUGCUUCUACAGACGAAGGAGCAUGUUUCGUGUGCCGGCUUCUUUUGUUGGGAGCAGCGAACAGUGCUUUGUGUGCGUUUUGUACAGUUUGUUUUUGAAGCUUCAGAACUACAAGGCAGGCAUUGUGGCGAACCUGCGCCUCAUAGGAGCACGGAGCGACUCCACAGCAUCUGUGCAUUUGUAAAUUGUGCCGCUGUGGGAGUGAUGGAAGAUUGAACAGAAAGGCGCGCACAAUUGCAAGCACUCUAAAGCAUGGCGUGGACUUGCUCUCACUCUCUCUUUUUUAUUCGCUUUUCAAAGGUGUGUUGUGCAACUGCACAGCUCUAUUCAAGCCUUCACAUCAUGUAAGCUAGUUUUUAAAGAAAAAAAAAAAAAGACACUCAUUCUCUCUUCUGCAUAGCGACUGUUUUUAGGACACUGUAAAAAAGGAAAAAACUGUGACGAGGCAUUUGCUGCCUACAAAUCUUGUCUAUUAUGUACAUUGCUGUAAAUUAUGAAAAAAACUAACAAAGUUAGAAUCUUGCCAAAUCUGUCUGUCUGCUUGAAUUUUCGUUUUUUUUUUUUUUUUUCUAUUUUUCUUCUGACUUUUGUGCUAACCCUGCUACUGUUUUUAUUGUCAUUCUUGGGCAGGUUGUAGAUAAAGUGGCUGUAUAAGUAUAAUGGUCUUACCUGCCCCAAUUACAUAGGAGUUCUAUUUCAUAGAAGGGUUCAAAAGGUUUAGGGGGAGUUUUAUUUCAUGCAAGGGUUCAAAAGGUUUAGGGGCUUUUUCCUAUUUGCCAGUAAAUUCUCAGAAGCACUGUGGCAGAUCAGGUUUUUUGUUUAGUGGACAUGCUUAAAGGUGUCUUUCCUCCUUUUUUUCCCCUCUCACCUUAGUUGCGAUCUCAGAUGUGAGAAGCUUAUUUAUUUCCUUCUGCAUAUGUAUGUAAAGAGUGUCAUAUAACUGAACAUAUGUAUAAUCCUAUCCUCCCCCCCCCCUCUUUCUUUUUUGUUGUUUUUAGCAAUGUGCAUAGCCAAAUGGUACUAGGAGCACCAGUUUACCGUGCAGUCACUACUCCACUCCAGGUCAGCUAGACUUGUAUAAACUUGAUUUGGUAAACAGCUUGUAUCAAACUGCAUGUUUUGUACACGUUUGACUUAUUUUCUCUCAUGUAGGCGAUAGGCCAAAGUAAUUAGUUUUAGCUCUAGGUUCUUUGUAUAAUCAGCACCGAAUGAUGUCCCCGUCCAUGCAUGGCUAGAGAAUGUGCGUCUUUCUUAAUUUACAAGUGAGGCAUCGCUCCCGUUUUACAAGCAGUUUAAGCAAAAACCACAUCUAGGUGUUUCUUCUCUCUGUGUAGAUGCACUUGAAAACUUCACACUGCUUGUUUAGCUUAACACGUGUCCGUGUCUAAAUCCCUUCUUAGAUUUUUCAUUCUAAAAGCUUUUGUGACCCAUGGUUUGGCUGGGCUGGCCAUUGUUUCCUGGAAAAAAUCUUGAGUUGUCUUGACGCUGGUAGCUUUGUGUUCAGCGUGCACCUUAGUGCUGGAUUUUUCCCAAGGUAGACAAUUUAGCUAUGCCUUGGUUAACCUCUCAUAGCUUUUUUAAAAAAAUAAUCCCUCAUCUCUGAAAUUUACCACCACAUUUUACAAACUUUGCCUGUGUAGUUUUGUAGCAAAUGCCAUAACUGCACAUACUUCAUAAACUUCGAAUUCACGAGCAAAGUGUCCAUUUCAGUUAAACUCUGUAAUAGGUUGCUACCCUGCAUUUUAUGUUCAGAUUUAGACUGCUGUUCUGAUUUGCAUAUAGGUUUAGCUGGCUCAGUGACCACCAUUCUAUAUCCAUGUUCCAUACGCUCUAAGAGACGAGUUAUCUUGCAACAUAUCGCGAGCUUCUUGUAUUUGUUUUAUCUGAAGUUACUCAAGAUGAUCACAGAAUCUGCCCCAAUACCUUAGGUCAAGAUGAUUCCUCCGAAGCUGGAUCAUGUAGUGCAAAAGGAAACGUUGUAGCAGCCAAUGCUAAGAGUUGUUGCUAAAGCAAAUGAAUGCUUAGUGCACAAAGAAGGAUCAGGAUAAUGUCAUGGGGGAGGGAAAAAAAAACAGAUUUGGCGUGAAACUGUGGCACGAAGCUCUGUGUGUAAUCAAUUCGACACAUGCAAAUACGUUGGGUUUUGAAAGGAAAUGCCUCUGGUCAGCCCUUCCAGAAAGGGCGAAGUGGAUUGUGACUAAAUGUAUUUAGGUGUUUGCCCUGCCACACAGUUUUUCAAACUUGUGUGUGUGCAAAGGUUGUUGGGAUUUUUUUUUCCCUUUUUUUUCGUUAAUUAUUGUCUACUCCAUGCCAUUGUGCGUUUUGCAAGAUGCACUAUUUUCUUGUGCGUCUCUCAAAUUCUUUUUUCUUUCUUUCUUUUUUACUGUGAGCGGGGAGUGUGACCACAAGUUUGCAUGCCACUGCGCAGUUUUAUUAUUUUCGUGUGUCAGUCUUUUGUAAUGCUUUUUUUGCAAGCCCUUUUUGUUUGUUUUUUGUGGUACCACGCAGGUACUUUCCAAGUGUAUUUGUGAAGCAUGUGAGAAUUUUUUUUUCCCUCCCGCCUUUCCUCUUGUGUGGCCAUAUCUAUAUAUAUAUAUAUGUAUAAUGUAUGUAAUAAUACCUGUGGAUGUGCGCAUACUUUGCUCCUGUGUGGAAAUACCUUUGUGUGAGCAUUUGGCCCUGAAGUUGUUUUUCCCUGCUCACCACCUGCCUCAAAUUCCUGCUUCUGUGUUAUACAUAUGUCUGUAUAAAUAUGUACAACGCAUAAUGUGCCCUUUGACUAUACUCUGUAUGCGGGCAACGUUUGUAAAGUUCACAAUUGCAGGCACUCCCUGCUGCUUCAAAGAAAGCUUUUUGUGCCCCCUCCCCCUUCAUCUGCUGUCUUUAAGGUGCCUGUUGUACUUGGUGGAAGCAAGACUUCAGUCAGGCUUGAUGUGUUGUAAUUACAUUGUACAGUGUGUUUGCCCUAAUUAUACUUAUUUUUCUUGUGUGGUGGUGGGGGAAAACAAAAUUUGCCUCUUUUCUUGAAGACUGCUAAUGGUUCCCUCUUAUCUCUGCCCUGCUGUGGCUCUUGUAAAAUGUGGGGAGAUCACACACGUAAAAAAAAAGAGAUAUAUAUAUAGUUUUAACUGUAGACAACACGCACUCACUAUUUCCACGUAUAGACUAUUUGUGUACGUAAGCCGCAUUCAAACACUGUGUACCAUAUAUAUAUAUAUAUACAUAUAUAUAUACAUAUAAAUAUACUAUACAUACAUUUCAAGCAGCAGCAACCACCACCGCGGCAGACAGAUGUGUCCCCAGUAUUUCUUUUUCUAUACCAUUCUUUUAGCAAAUUGUACAAAUGUAAAUUGUAUAAUUUUUAUCACAGACACUUUUGCAGUGCAAAAAACAGUAGGACCCGCCGACAGUGAUCGUUGCGUCCCCAUAGGGACUUCAGAGAGAAACCACAGUUUCACAGGUGGCAUUGCAGCAAUUCGAAGGGGGGGUUGCUCAUAGUGGUGCAUGUACAGGGUGUUGUGUUGGCUUUAGGGAACAAAUCCAGCCUUGGACAAGAGUUUAAAAGUUUCACGACGCUGUUCGCUGAGGUGUUUGAAGAAAUGACGUCAGCAACUGUGCUGCAACAGCAGCACGGUUGAUUUUGUGUUGACGUUAACUGGUGUGCUGUUGUGCAGUUCACCACCAGACAGGUUAUGGCUGAGUUCUGAUGGUUUGUCCCACUGGAGGUGAUGGGAGCAUUAGGUUGGCACAGGUGUUUUCCAGUUCAGAAAACAAAGCUUUCUGUAUGCAUUUGAGUACAGCCUUACCUGAUAAUGAGGGCGUUGUGUUGGGUGACAAACAAAAAAAAAGUAAUUUUGGUGGUGUGUUGUCACGUUUGACUUGGCAUAACUGUGGCUUUUAAAAUAUUUCAUAUUAAUAGCUGUGUCAUCAGGUGUUGAAGCUGGGCUGCACAUUAUACCAAAUAUUGUAUCAAUAGGGGAACCAGGUAUACAUGGCCUUUCCAGCUCACUUGCUGGCUUGAUUGCACUAAAAUUUCAUGCAGAGGUAUCAGUUCUUGAUGUAUAUUUGUUUAUUUGCCACAUCUGGGUGCAGUACCUAACAUUUCCCAUCUGAAGCAUAUUGGAAGCGAUUCCAGGAAAACCUUUCUGGAUUUUCUCAGCAAAAGGAACAGUAGCACAAUCUGUGUUUACACUGACACUGCACAACAUUCCAGCUUCUCUGCAAAAGUUGUUUUGUUGUCAGAAUUGCUGAUGUAGCUAUUGCUUUCACUGAUAAAAUUUGUCCACAGUAGGUGACACAUACUUCAGAUUUAUUCUAAAUGGUAGGUGCAAGUAUUGCAUUCAGCCAUGUCACUUAAAGAAAAAUGCACUACAAGAAUGUCACCUCUGUGUAAAAAAAUUGAGUGAUAAUGUUGGCAGUUUAGCUUGUUGAGUCGUGGAAACCUGGCUACCUCAUGGAUGCAGCAUUCUGGAGAGACAUCAAAGUUCUUGUCACAAGGCUUGCUGCCUUUUUUUUUUCCAAGUUUCCUCGUGGCUUUUAAAAUAAUUUUUUAUCUCAAGUUUGUCUUAUCCUGGUAUGUGGCAUUGCAUAUUACCACAAAAAAAGAAAGAAGGCUCUGUGUGCAUUUUGCUCGUCACCCUGUACAUGCCGUCAUUGGUGGCCCAUCUUUCACCACAUGCAGCCAGCCUGUUGUUUUACUAGGAUCCUGUGCAUACCACUUUUGUGACGUCUGCCCAUUCAAGGCAGAUUCAGAUCAUUUUUCUCUGUUUCUUUUUCUUCAGUGUUCACUUGAGGGGGGAAGCAUUCUCUCGAAUUGGCGGUUGUCCUUUACGAUUUCUCUUGCGGCCUGUAAAGUUUGCACACUUGACCCAGGGAAAGAUGAGAUGUCGACGAGCUUAACCUGUUGUAUUAUAAGGAAAAAAAAAACUAUUUAUGAAUGAUGAGGUAACUCUUUGUAAAUGUGUGUACAGAGCUUGCUUGUGCGCUCGUCGUCGCAGGCAUCUCAAGAAACCCUUGGUUUUUCUCGUGGCCUGGCGUGCCUCCUCCUUUUUUUUUUCCCCCAUAAGGUUGUCAAUUUUUUCUCUCCAGUUCUUUUUUUCUGCUUUUGUUCUUCAUGCUUCCCACUCGCUUUUUUUUUUUCCCUUCUAUGAAAGCCCUGGGAGCAAACUGUAGAUAGGUAGGCAUUUAAGAACUUGGAUACAGAAUGUUUCUGUUAGUGUAUAUAAAGGAUAAAAAGUUAACCAAGUGAGGCAUAAAAUUCUUGGGGCAAUAAAAAAAAAACACUACAGCUCUAUUUAAUGUUUAGUUUUUGUUGAGGCGUGCUGGGAAGCCCUAAGUCCGGCCAGUGCAUGCCAGCACUUGUAGUACCUGUUCAGAGCUGCUCCUUUCGGAAGGUGUUCAUGGGCCUUGUUUUAAUUCAUUGGCAUGGUUUACUGUGGCAUUACAGCUCCACUGUUGCUGCUGCUACCAUUCACACUCGAGUGGCAUCCACAGUUGGAGCAGCACAAUGGUACUGGGACUAAUAAAAGUGUCACACGGCACACUUUUGAUUGUUAUCAAGCCCAAUCCGUAUUGAAUUUCUCUGUCGCAUUUGGUUCCUUUGCGCAUGCUGCAUGAGGGAGCCAGUGGCAGUUGAGAAUUUCGAUCCUGAUCGGGCUUGAUCGUGAUCGAAAGUGGCCGUGUACAGAGGGAGGCAACAGUGCAGAGCACUGAUUAGUGACUGGUCUUUUUUUUAUUAUUUAUUUAUUUAUUUUUGUGUAGUUACUAGCCAGUGUUGUUUUCUUGCCUCGGUCCUUUUUUUUCUUGUCACCCCGUUACCAUCACGCCACUCCAGUCGUGAAUGCACACCGACUUUCCCAAUUCUUGGCUCUUCCUGGGGUUGCUUUGCAGUAAGACAGACUGGUAAAACUGUGCCAAAGCCAUUUCAUACCAUAUAUAUGCUUGACUUGACUUGGCUCUUAAUCCUGGACCACAAGGAACAUGUCUCCAAUGAAUUUACGGCACUAGCCAGAGUUCUUGAUUUGCUAGGCACUUUGACCGUUGGUGCUGUAACCUGGCAUGGGUAAACUUGGGUACCGAGGGAGCGUCACCCCCAGCAUCGUCUUUUUCUUAAUGGCAACAGCAUGGUGCCAGCCUACGCCGCAGAUAAGUCGGAAACUAGUAUCUUGUGGUUGGGACUUUACAGCCCGUGAGCAGCAUGCCUGAGCAGAAUGUUUUUUCUCAGGUGUGGCAAGUACUGGCAUGCUUAGGCUUCAAUGGCACAUUUCCUGCCCAGCAUUUGUAUUUCGAAUUGGUUUUGUGAUUCUGGGCUUGCUUGCCCCCACUUUUGUAGGUGUACAGUUUUGGUGUAUUGUACAACGCCUUGGCCAAUGCCUUUCUUUCUUUGUAAUAUUUCUCUGUAAUAAAAACAUGACGAGAAUAAAUUUCGAGCAUGUAAGAUAGAAUGUCAAUGGCAGUGCUGAAUGAAGUUGCGAUUUUGAUACAUGGUUUUCUUGAAAUUGGGUCUUGGAUAUAUCCAUUGUAAAUGGUCAUUAAAUCACCUGUCCAUAGGAAAAGGUUUACCAUUCACAGGCCCAGACAUGUCAGUUUGUCGGUCUCAUACACUAAGAAUGUGUUUUUUUUGUUGUUUUUUUUUUUAACUGUGAACAUUUAGUGUUUCUUUUCUCAGAGGAGGUUUUUACUGGGAGCCAAUAGAAUGCCUACCUCAAAUGGGUGACUAGCUUCAGUCUGAAUUUGACUCGUCAUUGUCUCAACUGAUGUGCAUAUUCUAAUGAUGUGGCCAUGUUCUUGCUUUCAUCUGGGAAAGUUUUCUGAUUACCAAACACUUCUCUUCAAGCUGCCUCUUAUCAGAGUAAAUCUUGGAGACAUUAAAAAAAAAAUGUCUGACCUUUUGGUUGAACCCCAGUUUGGGCAGAAGUAGCCCACAUGGCCACUUCAUCAGUGCACACAGUCUCAGCUUAGUGGCAUAUGAAAAUUUCCUCUGGCUGCUUCUAGGAUUCAUCACAGAAGUGAUCCAUUUGUGGGUGGCAAACUUCUGUUCUUGGUCCCCCUCCUUCUUGCACAUGUGAUGUAACUUGGGACGCCUCUGUUCUUGAACAAAGUGCUUUACUUCCCUUUUUUAUUUUUACCAUAUUUCCACCACCUUUAUUUUCACCGUAUGUUUCACUUCAGCUCCCAGUGUAUCCUGAUCACUAGUUAGGUACACUAUGUCCAGGAGAAAAAAAAAAUGGUAGGCCUCUGAUUGUUUUUGAACAAAUCUUUGCGAACCAUGUGUAUCCCUUGUGUGGCAGCCCGCACCCCCCAGUAUACUGCAGCACGCGCUUUUCAAUGGUGUUCCAGCCGGGGGCGAAGCUUGUGUGUUUUGUUGCCGAAAGUAUUGUAAUGGCCCCCGUUGUGUAUUUUUCAUUGACUUCUGGUGCAGUGACAAGAGAUGUGAGGUGGUGCUUGCAAGUUCCUUGAUGAAGGCAUCGCCUCAUCCCUUUUCUCUCUUUUCCCUCUGUGCACUGCGAUUAUCAGACCAGGUGUGUUUUACUUCAAGCCCAUUGUGGUUGUGAAGAAAAAGCAUCCUCACUUCUGUUCGCUUUGUUAGAGUAACGGGAACACCUUUUGUGUAAGCUAACCAUCUAGAGAAGUGAAUAUGAAGUAUGGCUCAAGGGGCUUAAAUGUUUCGUUUUCUCUCCUUACCGUUUUUUUAUGCAGGAAUUCAUUAAGCUUAAUUUGAAAUUGCAGAUUAGAAUUGUGUGCUAGGUCUGUGGUAGAAUUGAGCUGUACUUUCAUGUGAAGAAGCGUUUGUGAUUGGAUGGCGUCUUGGCUAUAUUUUUGUCUGCCAUUGGCCACAGCACAGAUGCCACUCAGUCGCUUACCAUUUUUUACAUGAACGCAGCUUGGUGAGGGAUGAUGCUCUCAUUGGCUGGUUCCGCGAAGAGUGCAUGUAGAUUUGUUGCUGCUGGACAAGGGGUUGGCGUGCUGCGCCAAGGGAGACACUGUGCCUUGUCAUUUUUGCUGCUGGGACAGUCACAACAAAACCGCGCUGGAACAGCGGUGGCCGUAGUGGUCCGGUGGUUCUUUCACAUUGCAGUCUUCUUUUGUCAUCUGGGGCUUGUGUUGUAUAAUCCAUUUCGCGUCUGAUGUUAGCAUAUUGUGUACGUCGUUGUACCAUACUGAUCUUGUAAACGUUUGUGUUUGGAUACUGUAGAAGAAAAAAAUAAAUGACUUUGGAGUAAAAAUAGA